AUUUUGUCGUUAAACAAAAUUCUUGGAAUAUCCGAGAGUGGCAAAAAUAUACCCUGAGCUCCAGAGGGCUCCAAUUCAGUUCAGCGUCACGAGCAACUGAAAGACACUAGCUACGUAGGGGUCACCUCAUUCGGGAUGCCCCGGUGCCAAGCUUUGUAGCAUCAGUUCAAUUCUCCGGGAACACUGUUUUUGGCACUGACAUCUGGCUCCCCCCAACCCCUACCCACUUCCUUCCCCCAUUACUUGCUUCUUUUGCAGGUCUAUUUACAUCGCAGGGCAUCAGGGGGAGAAAGGCAAGGCCAACUCGAAGCUCCUGUCGAGUAUACAGCUACCUGUUGAGCUGGGCACAGGAACUUAACCCAUCGCACUUUUCGUUUUGUUUUGUGUCUGAGUUCGUGUGCGUGUGUGUGCUUGCAUUGGAGGGCUACUUCUCUCCUUGACACGCUUAUUGGUCAAAAGAAAGGAAAAUCGCCUUUGGGGUUGGUCACGGUAAUACAGUAAUACGCUAUCUUUUCUCACGAUCUCAUGAUGGUGCUGGAUUUUUAAGUUCACGAAAUCGUUUGCUCACCGUACCCGUCCUAAGUCGUCACAUCCUCUUGGCGACUUUUCCAACGUCGUAACUUUCUCGUACGAUGAUGUUGAGCGAGGACUCUGAGGACGACCCCAUCAACAGCGGGGUCGUUGACCUUUUUGGUCCUGACGAGGGCGAAACAUCGAAGCCCAGCAGCGGCAAGGGAGUUAGGGAGAAGAAGAGACAAGACCGCGAGAGGAAGCAGAAAUCUAAGGGAGAAAAGGGAGCGAAGAGAAAACAGAAGGAUAGUAAUGAGGAGACAAUGGAUACCUUUCUUGGCUUAUUUGAUCCAGCACUGGAAAAUGAGACUACACAAACACAAGAUUUGGAUGAAUUAAAUGGCAAUAUUUUUCCUAACCAUGAAGAGCAGCUGUACAAAGGCCGCAGGGGAAACCUUCCUAUUCGUGUCGGUACCCUAGGUGGGGUACAGAGAGGGCCUAAAGUAGCUAUGCUGCCUGACCAGCUGCCUUCUGAGCCUCAAGAAGGCAACAUUGAAUACAAACUCAAGCUGGUGAAUCCAAACCAUGAGAGGUUCAAGAGGCUAGUAUCUCAGAUGCAAUGGAGAUUAAGAGAAGGAUUAGGUGAGGCCAUAUAUGAAAUAGGUGUGGAAGACUCUGGAAUUCUAUUGGGUUUAACACAAGAAGAGCUACAAGCAUCUAUGACAACGCUGAGGCGCAUGGCAAGACAACUCGGAGCUUCUUUAACGGUGAUAAGGGAAAAGACUAUAUCGGGCCACAAUGGGCAGACUCGUAAAGCUGCUGAAGUCCUAGUCAGAAAGGUACCUGAUGAUCAGUAUAGCAUUGAGUUAAGGAUUGCUGUUUUAGGCAACUCCGACGUAGGAAAGUCUACCUUAUUAGGUGUACUCACAAGAGGAGAACUUGACAAUGGGAGAGGUUGUGCACGUCUGAAUGUAUUCCGUCAUAGGCAUGAGGUGUGCUCUGGGAAGACUUCAAGUAUAUCACUACAGAUUUUAGGUUUUGAUUCUCAGGGAAAUGUUAUUGAUCAAACCUGUACCCGCAGUCGGGACUAUGAUGAUGAAGAUAUAUGUAGUCAGUCAAUAAAGAUUAUAAAUUUCAUCGAUUUAGCUGGAGACCAAAAAUAUCUUAAGACUACAGUGUUUGGACUCUCGGGUUAUUCUCCACAUUAUGCAGUGUUAGUUGUGAGUGCAUUUUCUGGUGUUGCCCCUAUGACUGAGGAGCACUUGAGCUUAGCUCGUGCUUUGGAUGUACCGAUAGUUUUAGUUAUUACGAAGACAGACAUUGCAUCUCCUCAACAAAUUCAGAGGACCAUCAAUGAUCUCAAACAGGCACUAACACAGCCUGGAUAUAAAAGGGUUCCCCUUCUAAUACAAAAUGAAGAUGAUGCAAUCACUGCUGGGAGCAACCAACUGGACAAUAAUAUAGUUCCCAUUUUCUGCGCUUCUAGUGUUACUGGUGACGGCCUUUCACUAUUAAAGAAAUUCCUUUUUGUUUUACCUCCAAGAAUGAGUAAUAAGGAGAGAGAGAAAUUAGAGCAGGAACCAGCAGAAUUCCAGAUUGAUGAAGUUUUUCAUGUGGAUCACAGUAUCAUAGUUGGUGGUUUGUUGACCAAAGGCGUUAUUACACAAGGAACCACUCUACUGCUUGGACCCAUGGAUAAUUGUAGCUUUAUACCAGUAACUGUAGGAUCUAUCCAUCGAAAUAAGGUACCGUGUCGAGUUGUCUGUGCAGGACAGUCUGCAUCUCUCUCCCUAAGAGGCCCAAAUCCAGGAUUACGUAAAGGCAUGAAACUAAUGAGCAGAGAAGCAAGGCCAAAAGCAUGUUUUUAUUUCCAGGCAAGGACUCAUAUUUUACAUCACUCCACAAGUAUUUGUAGAGGAUUUCAAGCUACAGUCCACAUCGGCAAUGUACGACAGACAGCUGUCGUGGAAGGAAUUAUGGGAUCCAAGGGUUUGCAUACUAAUGACAGAGCAUCUGUUAUAUUCAGAUUUUUGAGACAGCCUGAAUUAGUAGAAAAUGGGGCCAGACUCCUUUUCCGACAGGGCUCGACAAAAGGCAUAGGGAAGGUCAUUCAAGUGUUCCCAGAAGAACCUGAUAAUGUAAACCUGUAUAAUUUCAAUGAAAGAUAAACAGGUAAAUAUUUACAUCAGCUCAUGAUUCAGAUACAAGUAAUAGAAAGGUACAAGUUAAAUUAUGAUAAGAGAAGAGAUUUAUAUAGUUUUUAGUUUUGAAACUGAUACCAGUACCUCAAUUAUCAUUGUUUGCACUUUCCAUUUUGAACCUGAAAUGUUGGUUAUGUUUACUAUAUGUUUGGUAAAGUAGCCGACUUGCCUUUGAAGUUUCCAAUAUUUGGAUAUCAUAAUUUACUGUAGUGUACCAGGCACAAAUGCCAUGUCUAGUUGGUUUCAAUGUAUUGUUUACGUUGCAGUAUCUAUCUCUCAAAUAUAAGUUCUCUAGAAUUUAACUGGCAAUUUAUCUUUAGUUUGUUGAAGUAAACAGUGUAUUUAGUUUGUUGAAGUACGGUAAACAGUGUAGUUUUAUUUGUUUUAGAUUUUAGAAAUGAAACAAAAAGAAUGCAUGGCUGCCUGACUUACAGGAUCAUGAGAUUUAAUUAAUUAAUUUUCAGAAAUAUUAAAAAUUUAGAAAUGUUCGUUAUUAUAAGCUUUUUCAUCAAUAAAUUUUUUUUAAAAGAAAGAUUGUGGGUCCUUAGAUAAAACAAUCGAUCUAGGGUAGUAUUUCAGGAUUUCUUUUUUUUUGCCAGGAGGGUAUUUUUGUUAGAAGCAUUUCAUCAUAAAUUCAUACUUAGACAGUUCAGUAAUUAAAAGUUUCAUAUAAUUUUGAUCUCAGCAUGUGAUUACUAGUGGUUAAGAUACUGAGUGCUUUGGAUAUCCUUUAACAUUGACUAUAGUUUCAUUUAUUUUCCACCUGGAUUAAUGGCUAGUAGUGAUAAACAUAUCCACAUCUGUGAGGAAUUUGGGGAGCUAAGCUGUCUUUGUUAAUGAACACUUGACAUUUUCCAGUGGAAUAAGCUGAACUUUAUACUGAUAAAUGCAUUCAGUGGUAGUUUCUUGUUAUACUUCGAUACGUUCAUAAAUUCCCUUUUGCCUCUGUCAAUUUUUAUCCAUGUGCACUUUAUUGAUGAAAGUCUUUCAUCAAAUUUGCAGUUGUACAGUCCAAAUAGUUCUACAGUUUUUAGUAGAAGUACAAGAGUUUAUGGAGUGGUAGUUUUUGAAUAAUUGUUUCUUGAAUUUAUUAUACUACAGUAUUGUCAGCAGGAGCUUCCUUGCUUUUGCUGCACUUUGCUAUGCUACCCUAGCCGCAUUGUUAUACCUUGUGUGGUAUACAGUCAAGUACAAAAUUUGUUUACCUUAGGCAGUCUAUAGAAGAAUUCAUCUCUACCAGUAACUCAUUCCAUCCCUGCUACCUUCAGUACAAUUUUUGUAGUAUCGCUAUUUCCUGAAGGAACUCUUGUUUGCAUUAGUGCUUACUGAAAGAGGCGAGCGUUAUUGAAAGGUGAAAAUUUGUGCAGUAUGAUCCAUCAUUGAAAGAAGUUGGACAGGUGGGCGAGAAGAAACCUGUAAGAACAGUUGAAAAGUAGAAACCAAAUGCAAUGCAGUGGAGGAUUGAAAGUACAGCAAAAUACCUUUAGUUACUGCCUACAGUGUGCUGCACAAGGGUCAUUGUGGAUGUUAUCUGUCAGUUUGGAAAUCUUUUAUUUGUAAAUGAUAUUAAGGAGGAAAUAAAUAGUACCGGUACAUAUAAAGUAGUUUACAGGGCUAUAUAUUUGGCUUUGACUCUUCUUGUACAUAUUAAAUGUAAGUUAUGAGGGUCUUUCGCAUGUUAUAAUUGAUAAAAAUGUUGCCCCCAAUUUCAGUAAUUGAAUUUAUAUAGUAUUUUGCAUCUUACCUAUAAUUAUGAGCAUUAAGUAGAAAAAUGUACAGUAUAGGAAACAUACAAAGAAUGACUAUUAUUUAUAAUUGAAUGAAGUAGAAGUAAACUAGACUGUAAACAAUAUGAGAUGUAGGAAAGCAAAGCAGAAUGUACAAGAAAUAUAAGGGCAGCAAAAGUUUGGUAAAGCAGAAUAGAGCAUCACAGCAGUGUAAAUAGUUUACAGCAAUUCGUAAAGUGAAUAUGAGGAUGUGUAUUACUGUCACACGUGUUGUUAUAAUAAGUUGUGUACAUAAUUAUAUUGCUGUGUUCCUCUCCUUCUCCAUAACUGUUCACUUUUGCUAAUAUUCUGUCCUUAUAGCACUAAUUGUUUUUAUAUUUUUCUUUGCCAUCCUAAUCUUAUUGAUUUACACAUUGUAUUUACUUCAUACGUAUUUCACUGGAAUAUUUCUUUACCCUAUACUAUUCUUAGGGGUUUUCAUAAUUCACAUCUCUGAUGUUUAGGAUAUUCCUUUCUUUUCUUGCUUUCAUACUUUUUUCCAUUCUUUCUUUUCUUUAUUGAGUAUUUGAUUAAGGUGAAAUAAUGGUCUUGGAAUUUAUUUUGAAGUAAAGAGUUUAUAUUUUGUCCAAGAUACAUGUUGGGGUCAUAGGUGAACACUUAAAAUGUACAAUUAUGAAGUAUUUUCCAUAAGGAUAAAUGAGCAUAAUAUAGAAUAAGCAAAAGACCACGAACUUGCAUGGGAAAUUCCCAUUGGAGAGAAUGCCGAUACAUGUAUUAAAAAAGAAAGAAAAAAAAGUAGAAGUAAAGAGAGGCAAGUAUGUAUCAUAGUAUAUUACUGAAUAAGUGAAUUAAAUUUGCUACUGUAUUUAAUAUUGUAUGUUGGAUGUUCCCUCAAGCAAGGGAGCUCAAACCCAAGACUGUGUGAUGUUAUAGCAAUGCUGUAAACAUUAGAUGAUCCUGGUUUAUCCAUUUGAUGUUUCCACUUUAAAUGCUUUCAAGUUUUAGUAGUUUCCAGAUUAUUGUGUAUUGCCUGAUAAGUUAAUAUGAUAAUUAUAACAGGAAAAAAUCUCUUGAUAAUUGAGGUAUUGGUGUGUCACAUGAAAAAUAAGAAAUAUUUUUUAUAUUUUGGUAUUUUUGAAGUCCUUUUUGUGAGUGCAAUAAAAUUUUUUUGAAAUUUCAGUUUGUAACAGAAUUGGACUUUAUUGGAAUAGUAGUUCAUUAACAUAUGAAUGUGGUAAUUGCAAUUUAAUUUUGUAACGUGAUUAACCAAAUUAUUUGAGUGUAUUGUCAAUUUUUUUUUUUUACCAAAUCAGAAUUUUCUUUAGUGUAUUUACUUUGAAUAUAUUUUCUUGGUAUUCUCUCUACAACUGCUUUUUAGAAUAUAUUUGCUAGGUAUUCUUUCUACAACUGCUUUAUAUUUUCUGUGCAUUAAUUUUACAAUAGCUUCCCACACGAAAUUAUGAAAGUUAAGCAAAUUGGUAACAGCUUUAAGUUGUUACUUAAGCAUAAUUUUGAAUCCGAAUUUGUUUGAUAAUAGAUUACAUCAACAUGUUAUCUCAACAGUGGAAGUACAUUUUAAAGGUUUAGAAUGUAGUAAUACACAGUUGAGAAAUAAAUUGCUAGAAACUUUAAUUUUGAAAUUAGUUUUAUGCACCUCUAGCAGCCUGAAAAUAUUUAGAGAUUUUCAAAAUUGCCUUACAGUGCUUGACAUUUAAUAUCAGUUAAUAAAUAGUUUUCGUUUUGUAUUUUCAAGGUUUUAUAACAUUAUGCUAAUCAUCUUGGAGUAAAAACCAUGGGCUGUUUUCUAAAACUUUAAGAUGUAGGUUGAACAUGUCUUUGUAAACUAAAAUUGCUGGUUAGUAGUGUAGUUCCUUAACUCUCCAGUCUCUUAAUCGCAUCCAAAAUGGGUGUCUUCUAACUUAACAAAAUGAAAACUAGUAUUGUACGUUUCCUCAACCUCAUAUUUUGUCCACUGAGGAAAUCUUUUUUUAAUUUGUCUAGCACUGGGACAACUUGUAAUUAAUGAAGAGAAAUUUUCCUUUAAUACAUGUCAUCAUUAUGGGAUCUAAAAAGCUCUGGCCUACCAGUUUCAGACUCAGUCUUUCUCUCUUCAUUUUACAAGCUCAUUAAGCUUUGUAUUUUUGUAUGAAUUUCUUAAAACUUUACAACAUUUUGUAAAAAAUUAUAGUGCAUAAAAUCCAGGAUCUGUCCUUGAUUGGCUAUGGUAGUGUAUCCAUAAGCAGUGUACUUGACUUUAUAAGUAAUUCCAGUUCUUAGGAGCUUUUUAAACACACUAUUGUUAGUUUGGAUCUUUGCAAAAGAAAUUUCAUAUAUAUAUGAAUUUGCUGUUACCACAUUUGUAAAAUAAAUUUUUUUUGAUCUAUGAUAAUUAUAUACUGUUAGUUUGGAUCUCUGCAAAAGAAAUUUCAUAUUAUAUAUGAAUUUGCUGUUACCACAUUUGUAAAAUUAAAUUUUUAAUCUAUAUUAAUUAUGUACUGUUAUGUUCAAAUUGUAAACAUUUGAUUAAAGAAUUUUUGAUAUAGCCUUCAUAUAUUUGAUAUUGUAGUAGCAUUAAGGAUCCAUAUGGUUUUCAUGUUUAUUAUAUUUUUAUCUUGAAUGAGAUAAGUGUGAGAGCUGAUAUUCAGUUCUUUAUAUGUAUUAUGCUUUGACGAGAAAAAAUAUUGGGAAAAGAAAUGCACUUUUUCCAGGUUUCAAGCUUUAGUGCAAGUUAGUCGUGUAUUGUGCUUAAGUGUCAGUCUAGACAUUAAAUGAAAGUGUACAUUCAUCAUUUGCUGUACUACCACAGUACUGUAAGGAAUGUUAUUGUAAAUGUUUUAGUUUAUUCAACUGCUUUUAACAGUAUAUUGUAGGGACUUCUCAACUCUAAAAAUGGAAAAUAUUAUGAAGUAAUCCCUCAGUGUUUUUAACCUUUACGAGCAAGUGUAUGUAGAUUGAAAGUCCUUUAAAUCAUGUUUUCCACUUACUGCA